CAGCUGUAUUACCGGUGAGCAGAAAGCUUCCCUUUAUCAAAGGAAAGCAUAUUCAACAUUGUUUACAAAAUGGCGGGGGUUAAAGCUCUGGUAGCGCUGGCUUUCAGUGGAUCUGUUGGUCUUCUUUUUCUCUUUCUUUCCUGCGCUCUACCUCAGUUCAAUAACUGGUAUCCCUUCACUGUAGUUGUAUUCUAUCUUCUGUCUCCUAUACCAAGUAUAAUAGCGAGUAGAUAUACUGAUGCAUCAGGAGAGAACGGUCAGUGCCGAGAGCUUGCUUGGUUCCUUACCACAGGAAUAGUUAUCUCUGCGUUUGCUCUACCAAUCGUUCUCACCCGGGCACCGGUCACAGCAAUCCCACCAAACUCUACUGUAACGGAUGUUGAAGGAAUUAUCUCUGGCGGAGCAUGUGGACUAGUGCUGACCGCAAACGCUGUCAUGUUUCUGACAAUUCUCGGCUUCUUUCUUGCCUUCGACAACGAUGAUCACAGAUACUCAGUCUGGUCAACUUGAGUUUUAAGAGUUCUACUUGUAAAUCAAUCUGAGUUUUCUUUCUAUAAAAAACUCUGAAAACACGUGUUCUUAAUUUAGUUAGAAACAAUCUGCUACAUCACGUAUUUUCAGAGUUAUACCUUAUCCGAUGAAGAUAAAUUUUAAUCUUAUCUUAACAAAAAAUUAAGAUCGCGAUUUACAAAAAAACUUUUUAAUCGCAUUUUUUCCCUCAAUACUGAUGUUUUCAGUUAUUUAAUGGUUGUAAUAUUUUUUUUUCUGUCCCUCGGUAUAUUUUUGUUAAAAAUUGUCUAUUUUUGUCACAAACAUUUGCGAUUAUAAACCCUAAUUUUUUCUCGUAAUUGCGAGCAUUGAGUGCUGUGAUACCCUCUCAAAGAAACAUUAGUCUGAGCCUCAAUUGUCAAAUUUUUCUCAAGAUGUCUUGUGAAAAAAUAUCGCGCUCAGAAGUUUCUAUAGAUAUUUAAUAAUUGAUUUAAGAAAGUAAUAUUUUAUCUCCUGUAUUUAGCUCUGUAUGGAUCUUGUAAUAAAAUAAAUGUCCGAAUGAAAA